UCAACCGAAAUAUUUUCAUUUAUUCACAAAAUUGCUUGUCAAUUUAUAGAUUUUUUGUUUUCUAUACUGAUUACGCCCCUGUAAUUCGUUGGCUAGUGAAAGUUCAAACCUGUUUUCCGCCAAGAACUUAUUUCCAAUACUGUAUGUUAUUUAAACACUGAUAAAGAACGUGAUAAUUUGAAUUAUUGACCUUUGAAUUGUCUGCAUACUUAAUAUAUUUGUCAUGGAUUUUGUUUGGUAAACUGAAUAAAUACUUCACAGUAUAUACAUUAUUUAUAACAUACCCCUAUGGAAUUGUUCUGAAGUUUUUCAGGGUGUACUUAUCUAUUAUUUGAAAUAUAAUUGGUUGAAAUGGCUUUGAAAGGAAUCAAAGUAUUAGAAUUAUCUGGGUUACUACCAGUACCUUAUUGUGGGAUGGUACUGGCAGAUUUUGGAGCGAGUGUAAUCAGGGUGGAUAAGCUCGGCUUCAAUACAGAUUUGGACUGCUUGGGUAACGGAAAAAAAUCAAUUAGUUUAAAUUUGAAAAAUCCCAAAGCUAUAAAUAUAGUAAAAAAUUUGUCCCAGCAAUCUGAUGUACUCAUAGAACCUUUUCGUAAAGGAGUCAUGGAAAGGUUGGGUCUGGGACCUGAGGUUUUAAUGAAAGAUAACCCCAAACUUAUUUAUGCUAGGCUCACAGGGUUUGGACAGCAAGGCUUGUACAGUCUGAGAGCAGGGCAUGAUAUAAACUAUGUAGCAAUUUCAGGCCUAUUAUCACUUUUCGGAAGAUAUGGGGAAAAUCCACUUCCCCCGGUCAAUCUACUAGCUGACAUAGGAGGAGGUGGUCUAACGUGUGCUAUGGGAAUACUAUUAGCACUUUUAGAAAGGCAUAAUUCUGGAAAAGGCCAAAUAGUGGACAGUUCGAUGGUAGAAGGCACUGCUUAUUUGGGAAGUGCAGUCUACCGAGGUCAACAACUCCCCCUUUGGGGUCAUGAAAGAGGAAAGAAUAUAUUAGAUAGUGGAACACAUUUUUACGAAGUAUAUAAAACAAAAGAUGGAAAGUAUAUGUCUGUCGGAGCCCUGGAGCCACAGUUCUAUAAAGAGUUACUAACUGGUCUUCAUUUGACUGAAGAAGAAGCACCUCAAUUUGGUGACUUUGAAGCUAUGAAGAAACUUUUCACCAAAAAAUUCUUAGAAAAAACAAGAGACGAAUGGUCUUUGAUUUUCGAUUCCACAGAUGCCUGUGUUGCUCCAAUUUUAACUCUUGAUGAAGCUCCCAAACAUCCCCACAACGUCGCUCGAGAUACUUUCGUUAAAACGGAAGAUUGUUAUGCUCCUAAUCCACAUCCAAAGUUGAGUAGAACACCUGGAAAAUCUCAAGCUGUCCAUCCAAUACCGAGGACAGGGGAACAUACUAAAGAAAUUUUACAUUCUUUGGGUUAUUCCUCAGAUGAUAUCAAUAAAUUGGAAACUGAAGGGGUUAUUGAAUGCUUUGUCAAUUCAAAACUGUGAUAUUCAUGUUUUGAGUUUUAUUUUCAAAGUGCUUUUAUUCUUGAUGGAGAUGUUUUAAAUAUUUAUAAUAUAAUAUUUGUUCUGUUGUC